AUGUCUUCGUUCUACCUCGAGAACAAGAAUGUCGGCAACAAGGCGGAAAGCGAAGACUGGAGGAUUCGCGGCUACAACCCCCUGACGCCGCCCGGUCUGCUCCAACACGAGAUCGCCCAGACCCCUGAGUCAAAGAAGACCGUCCUCGAAAGCCGCGAGGAGGCUGUUGCGGUUGUCAACGGGACCGACGAGAAGCAGAGGCUGUUGGUCGUCAUUGGCCCUUGCUCUAUCCAUGACCCGAAAGCUGCGCUUGAGUACUGCGACAUGCUGCUCAAGGAGAAGGAGAAGCACAAGGAUGAGCUGCUCAUCGUCAUGCGUUCCUACCUUGAGAAGCCCCGCACAACAGUGGGGUGGAAAGGUUUGAUCAACGACCCGGAUAUCGACAACAGCUUCAAUAUCAACAAGGGAUUGCGGCUGAGCAGGCAGCUGUUCGUCGAUCUCACAUCUCGGGGCAUGCCCAUUGCUAGCGAGAUGCUGGAUACCAUCAGCCCCCAGUUCUUGGCCGAUCUCCUCAGCGUUGGUGCCGUCGGUGCCAGGACAACCGAGAGCCAGCUUCAUCGUGAACUGGCCAGCGGGUUGAGUUUCCCUGUCGGUUUCAAGAACGGCACGGACGGGAGCCUCACGGUCGCCGUUGACGCCAUCGGGGCGGUCAGGCACCCCCAUCACUUCUUGUCGGUUACCAAGCCUGGCGUGGUCGCUAUCGUUGGCACCGUGGGCAAUGAGGACUGCUUCGUGAUUCUGCGGGGUGGUACCCGGGGCACCAACUACGACGCCCAGAGCAUCGCGGAGGCCAAGGCUUCCCUGCAAAAGGCCGGGGUGCGGCAACGGCUCAUGGUGGACUGCAGCCACGGAAAUUCGCUCAAGAACCACAAGAACCAGCCCAAGGUUGCGGCCACCUUGGCUGAGCAGCUCGAGAAGGGCGAGGACGCUAUUAUGGGCGUCAUGAUCGAAAGCCACAUCAACGAGGGUAACCAAAAGGUCCCUAAGGAGGGCAAGGAUGGCCUCAAAUACGGCGUCAGCAUCACCGAUGCGUGCAUCGGAUGGGAGGACACCGUUCAGGUCCUAGACCUCCUGGCCAAUGCUGUGAAGAAGCGAAGAGAGGAGGGCGUUUGCGGGUAG